GCAGUGGACUAAAACUAAAAGAAAACAUAUUUACAGACGUGUCAACAAAGUUUGGGGCUGUAAUUUUCGGAUGCACUGUUUGGUGUAAACUUGCAGUAGCUGUAACGACCUCGCGAGCUAGAUUCCAGAACAGAGCCGAAGCUAGCUGCUGUUAGCCUUCAAGCUAAAGCCACAAGCAAGGAGCCAGAUAGCGGGGUAGUUUUUGGAUUCACAGCAUGAAGCUGUGGAGCCUUUGUCGGGACGGGUUGAAGGCUUGUCUCGGUGCUUAAUAGUUCCCCGGCAGUGUACGACCACUCGACACAAAGCUCAAGUUGCUGGUUAGCUAACUAACCAUAGCAUUAUCCAUCUAGUUAAGAAGCUACGUAGCUAGCACCACCGCACAGCCUGCCUUCCGCCGAGGUGCACUUCCCCCACUCUCCCUCCAGCCGGCUAGCCGCAGCGUUAGUCCGGUACAUAAAAUGAAGCGACCAUCAGCAUUUUGGGAAGCUGUGUGGCUGUUUGGAUUUUGCUGAUGUAUGAGGAGACGAUAUUGUUUUUGUGAGAUCUCUGUCAAGGAGGUCAAAAUCAGUACGGGGGAUGGACGAGCAGAAAUCAAACUGCGAAGAGAAUGACUCUGAACCAACAGCUGAUGACAAUGCCCCUUCAAAGCAGCUUGUCUCCUCUGAGGAGUCCAAAGCCCUUCCUGCUGCUGAGGAUGUGUCUGGUGCUACUACAGCCUCGUCCAGCACACCUCUAGAGAGCGUUCGAGCCUGUGCGCUUUGUAACUGUGUGGAGCGGAGCCUGCAUGGACAGCGGGAACUGAGACACUUUGGGCCAUCUUCUGAGCGGCCGACCCUCAAGCCAUCAGCUUCCCCACUGCCACAGCCUGGGAAUGAUGACCUGUCUUCCAUUGGAUUUUCCGACUCCCCCAGUCUGGCAUCACUCUUUGACGACUCAGGGGGCUGUUUGGUUCAUCACUGGUGUGCGGUGUGGUCGGAGGGAGUGAAGCGGAUGGAAAAUGAGGAGCUGGAGAACGUGGAUAAGGCCGUUAUCUCAGGGACACAGCGGCUUUGCGAAUACUGCAAAAGGCUGGGCGCGACCAUUCGAUGCCAUGCUGAGGGCUGCUCACGGUUCUACCACUUCCCCUGCUCAGCGGCCAGUGGGUCCUUCCAGUCCAUGAAGCAGUUGGUCCUUCUCUGUCCAGAGCACAUAGACAAGGCAGAGGAGUUGGCAGGUGAGGAGGCUUGGUGUGCAGUGUGUGACUCAGCGGGGGAGCUCACUGACUUAUUGUUCUGUACGGGCUGUGGCCAACAUUAUCAUGCGGCCUGUCUGGAGAUUGGUGCCACGCCUAUCCAGCGGGCAGGAUGGCAGUGCCCGGAGUGUAAAGUGUGCCAGACUUGCAGACAACCGGGAGAAGACUCCAAAAUGUUGGUUUGCGAUGCCUGUGAUAAGGGCUACCACACCUUCUGUCUCCAGCCAGCCAUGGAUUCUCUUCCCUCUGACCCAUGGAAAUGCAGAAGGUGUCGUGUAUGUACGGAGUGUGGUGUCCGUGGACUUGGCCUGCCAGGUUCAGCCCAGUGGUUUGACAACUACACCGUAUGUGAGGGCUGCCAGCGUCACCGCAGCUCCAUGUGUGGUGUUUGCAGCAAAGCUGCCAACCCAUCUGUCACUCUGCAGUGCUGCAGCAUGUGCCACAGGUGGGUGCACAGUGAGUGUGCUCUACCAGGGGAGCUUCCAGAAGCCAAGUGCAUUUGCCGGCUUUGCAAGGAGGAUCAGCAGCAGCCUGUCACUCAACAAUAUAUCACGGCAGAGAUACAAACAAGGGAAGCGUCUGAAGAGACUGAAGGAAACGUGGAUUUAGUAGAGAUGACAAUCCAAACAGAUGCAGAUAUGGUGACAGAAGAGCACACAGAGGUGACACCAGGACAGAAAGGCACAUCAGACAUGGGUCAGGCUGAGGCCACGACUGACAAAGAAACACCAAUGGACUUGGGGACGGAGUCUGCAGUUGUUGAGACAACAGAAGGUGGGGAGAAAAUCAUGGAAGACGAGCCACAGGUAGCAACAGAAGAAUUGACGUCUGAGGCGCCCGCUGCUCCACUUGAGUCCACAGAAUGUGCAACAAAAGAACAGAAGGCCUCUUGUCUACCUGCUGAUGAAGAGAGAGCAGAGGAGGCAGUCAGCCAAGUGACCCGAGCCACCCCAUCCCAGGAUCCCACAGCAAAGACACAGUCUGACAACCCUAAAGCAGAACCAACACCAGUGUCACAGCAGGGCCCUGAGAACAUGGAGGUGGAGAAGCAAGAGGCCACUCCCUCAGUGAAAAAAGAAGUAUCAUCAGAGUUAUUAAACAAUGGCUCUGAUGGCAUGCCUGUCACAGAACCAUUCAGUAAGGAUCCACCAAAGUUACCAGCUUCUCCUGCCUCUGUGAACAAAACAGAGCAUUUGCCCAUGGAUAAUAGGCAGGAAGGAAGUCCAUGCCAGGACCCUCAGUCUCCUUCUCCUCUUUCUUUAUCAGGAGACACACAAGAGGCCCUCUCUUCUAUGGAGAUGGAGGGGAGGUUACUACCUCAGUCUGAGGAGGAGGAGGAUGAAGAGUAUGAUGAGCAAAUGAAAGGAGAAGGACUUAAUGUGGACAUAAAGCAGGAACCGCAGGAGCAAGAAGUAAAGCCGGAAUUGCUGCUAGAUGAGAUGUCUAAUAUGAGCCAUGGAGACGAGAGCAGCAGUGGCUUUCUGGGCUCUCCAGGAGAACCUGAUCCUCAGCUCUCCAUGGAGCUUGGGCUCAUUCCUGCUGGUCGCUCACACACGGAUAACCUGCUCACUGAGACUGAUGACUCGCUUCCCUUCGAACCCCUCAGAAGCGACAGAGAGAAGGCAAAACGCAGAGGAUCCCCAGGCCGCUCCCGGGUCAAACAGGGGCGAAGCAAUAGUUUUCCUGGGAAGCGUAGACCUAGAGGGGGUGGCGGAGGGAGAGGGCGUGGUGGCAGGUCACGCCUCAAAGCCAUGGCCUCCUGCAUUGAUGCUUUCUUGCUAAGCAUGACCGCAGACACUGGACUAAGUAAGGAGGAAGAAGAUGAGGAGGAUGACACCAUGCAGAACACAGUGGUUCUUUUCUCAAACACUGAUAAAUUUGUCCUGCUCCAGGAUAUGUGUGUUGUGUGUGGCAGUUUUGGAAAGGGUGCAGAGGGACAGUUGUUGGCCUGUGCUCAGUGUGCCCAGUGUUACCAUCCUUACUGUGUGAACAGUAAAAUCACCAAGACGAUGCUCCGUAAGGGCUGGCGCUGUUUGGAAUGCAUUGUAUGCGAGGUGUGUGGAAAGGCUUCGGACCCCUCCCGUCUGCUGCUGUGUGAUGACUGUGAUGUCAGCUAUCACACCUACUGCUUGGACCCACCCCUGCACAACGUUCCCAAGGGUGGCUGGAAGUGCAAAUGGUGUGUGUGUUGUGUACAGUGUGGUUCCAACACGCCGGGUUUCCACUGUGAGUGGCAGAACAACUACACCCACUGUGGCCCCUGUGCCAGCCUCGUCACUUGUCCAGUAUGCAGAGAGAACUUCAUGGAGGAGGAGCUGCUGCUGCAGUGUCAGUACUGCGAUCGAUGGGUCCAUGCUGUCUGUGAGAGUCUGUACACAGAGGAUGAGGUGGAACAAGCAUCUGAUGAGGGCUUUGCAUGCACAUCCUGCACCCCAUAUGUUCCAAAACCCGUGGUAGUAGAGUCAGCCAUUAUGGCUUCAAUAAAGAUCAAAGAGCCAGAACCCCAGUUCUACCGGUUGGAGGGUGUGUGGCUGACAGAGUCGGGUAUGUCCCUGCUCCGCAGCAUCUCCAUGUCUCCGCUGCACAAGAGACGGCAGCGUCGCUCUCGUCUCGGCACUCUGUGCUGUGAAGGAGGUCCUGAUGGAAUGGAUCUGAGGGAGGGUGAAGAAGGGGAAGAUGGAAAAGGCUGUGGGGAGCCCAUGGAAUGUGAUACCAAGAUGGAGAACCCUGGGAGCCCUGACAGAGAAGGUGGUGCGGAGGGAGGCACUGAAGGCAUCGCCGACUGCGAGGGUCUCAAAGGCGGAGCAGAGGAGACAGAUGACAGCAAAAAACGCAAGCGGAAACCUUACAGGCCUGGAAUUGGAGGCUUCAUGGUGCGACAAAGGAAGUGUCACACACGGAUGAAGAAAGAAUUUUUUGCCCAGCUGGCUGGAGAGACAACAUUAGAUGGACAGCCAAUAGAGAGAACCAUCGAAGAAGGACCUCAUCCUGACACAGAUAACAUAAUGGAUCCUAAACCGCUGGAGGGCGAGGAACAAGCAAAGAAACGUCGGGGACGGAAGAAGAGCAAACUUGAGGACAUGUUUCCAGCAUAUCUCCAGGAGGCUUUCUUUGGGAAGACACUAAUAGACUUGAGUAAGAAAGCUGUGAUGACACCCCCAGGGCAGAGACCAGGUGCAUUUCUUGCCCGACCUUCAUUACCAGCUCCAUCAGGGGUCAAAACAACUGCCACAGAGACUGAGGAUUGUGUGGUGAAAGAUAAUUUUCCUGUCAAGCAAGAAGGGGGUGGAGCCCCCCAGGCUCAGGGAGAAGGUGCAGGAGUUUCUGCACCAUCCUCAUCGCUGAAGGACCAGGCGUCAACUGAUCCUCAUGACUCUGAUGCAGAAAAAAGUGAAGGUCUUCCACAAGGGAUGGAGAGUCAGGACUCUGAGCAGUUCUUCAGGAAGGUUCUGGGAGUGUCAGACGGCUCCUCUUUGGGGGGCAUGAAGCCCAUCUUGGAGGGCAGUAAGGGAGAACUCAAUCGUAGCGCUCUGCCACAGAGAGCUCUCCUCUCAGGGUCCCUGCCCUCAGCUGGAAUGAUGGAUGCCUUUCCUGGCCUCUCUCAGUCACCGUUCUUUGAUAUGCGGGACCGAGGAGGACUGUUCAGUCCAGAUGGGGGUGAGGAGAGCCCCUGGGCCACUCCCUCUACCCCAGCAACCCCGUCCUCCCCACCGACGCCCACUGAGGCAGAGGGUGAUGGACUGUCCUACAACCAGCGCAGUCUCCAGCGCUGGGAGAAAGAUGAGGAGCUGGGAGAACUUUCAACCAUUUCCCCCGUGCUUUACGCCAAUACCAACUUUCCCACUCUCAAACAGGACUACCCAGACUGGGCUAGUCGCUGUAAGCAAAUCAUGAAGAUCUGGAGGAAGGUGUCAGCUGCUGACAAGGUUCCAUAUCUGCAAAAGGCCAAAGAUAACCGAGCAGCUCAGAGGAUCAACAAGGCGCAGAAGCAGGCAGAGAGUCAGGUGUGCAGGCCAGUCAAGACAGAGGGAGUGCGUGUGAAGACAGAACGGCCCAGUUUACACCUCCAGAUCCCUCCACCUUCAGGCUCAACGUCGAUCUCUUCCCAGCCCAGCUCAGCAGAAAGCCCAUUUCCCUUCCCUCCAGAUUCAGGAUCAUCCUCUGUCUUUUUCUCAGAUGGACCUCUUAAGACCCCGGGGUCAGCUGAAAUCCGGACAGAUCCCUUGGCCAAGCUUCCUCCUCAGUCACCCCAUUCUCACUCUCACCCAAACACACCCUUCUCCCAUGCAGGGGCCAGCCCCUUACAGGCCUCUUCCUCAGGUUAUUCCGCUUCCGGCCCACAGGGUCCUCCUCAGGGACGGCCAGCCAGUCUUGGCCCCUUUGACAUGCAACCAGGAACUCCUGGAACCCCCAGACGGGCUCAGCAGGUUGACCCCUACUUCAGAUCACAGCUGCAGCAGCAACAGGGUCAUCUACCGCAAUCACAGCAAGGCUCCCAGGAGUCUCUAGGACCUCCAGAAAGUCCUCAUUCAAGAGGCGCAGGGCUUGGGGAGUCACCCAUCUUCUCACCACCCCACAAUACCCACUAUGGAGACCCAUUCAGAACCCAGCAAGGGAUGGGACGGCCAGAAUAUGGCUCAUCCCCAUCACCCUCUGCAGUGGCUUCCUCACCUGCAAGCACAGGACAGUAUAGGGCUGAUAUGAGUGCACCUUCUCCACGCUCCUCUGCAGUUGGAAGACCCGAUCUAUCCACUGGCUCUCCUGCUGGGAUGCUGGAGUCUGGAGAUGGUUUAUUUAAGGCACCUAUGACGCCACGAAUGCACCAAGGGGAGGGUGGGGCACUUCAUCCUGGAGCUUCCCCUAGCCACCCCUCUGAAAGCUACAGGCAGUCUCCCUCCCAUUCUUUCUCUGACCCCCACCCUCAGCCUCCACUGGCUCCCAGGCCGCAGUCAGGCGACAAUUGUUCUCUCGGACCCCAGAGACACCCUGUAGCUCAGCAGGAACUAUGCCCUAGAGUGGCCUCCAGCCCACAGUCCCAGGGCAGCUCUCAGUCUCCUCACACUCCUGGUGGCCUCUCCAAUGACGCUUACUCUGUCCAGUCUCCUGCUACCCCUCGUUUCCAAUCCCCAGACCCUUGUUCUCAGCCACCUUCAAGGCCACAAUCUAGAGACCCUUUUGCUACUAUCCACAAACCCCCUCGCCCCCCCUCUGUUGCCCCAGAGGGAACUGCAAAUUAUAAAAGCUCACCUCAUCCUAACCAGCCACCUCCACCCCAUCCCACCAACAGUUCCAUCGGGGAUUCUCUCUCUGGUAAACCGUCAGCACCUCCUACUUUCAGCCGCAGCCCCAGCACGGGAGGCUUCCAAAUAAACCAACAGCAGAAUCAGAUGUUACAGGGACAGCUUCAGCAAUCCCAGCCACAAACUCAGCAGACUAUGGGGCCAGACAACUUCAGCUCCAGGGUGCCACCUCCUUCUGGAUCCCAAGAACUACCAGCUGCCCGCCCUCCAGACUCACCUCAUCAGCCAGCUUUGCCAGGCACUCAAGAAAUGCCUGACAUUUCAGCAGUGCAGGACCCCGCGUUAGUAGGCCUUAGCCCCUCUGAGCUGGAGAAGCACCGACAGCGACUGAGACUGAGGGAAUUUUUAAUCAGACAACAAAUGCAAAGAAAUUCCAUCAGACAAGAGAAGGAGGCUGCUGCUGCUGCAGCUGGCAGUGCAUCCCCUGGCUGGUCUGGAGGAGAGAUGGGAGCCUUUCAGCAAGACAAGGCCCACAGAGCACCACCACCUUAUCCACAGGAUCGUGUUGCUGCUACAACUGCUGGACCUCAGGCUUCUGUGGCAGGGAAGAUGCCCAUGGCUGUUGGAGGUAUGGAGGACAAGCUCCCUCACCCACCACCUACAGGAACCCCUGCCAUCAUGGAUCCUAGUGCACUAAGGCCACCAGGGCCCACCAGACCUCAGGGCAUGUUUGCCCGUCCACCAUUCCCGCCUCAGUGGCAGGGCCAGGCUGCAGGUCCAAGGAGGUUCCCCCAACCUGGCAUGGAGGCUAUGGGCAUAAGGCACAAUCUCAACCCUGCUGUCAACAUCCAGGGUAUGGAAGGCAUGGGUAACCCUCACGCCAUGAUACCAGGACAUGGAGGAGAGAACAUGCAACCAAUGGGUCAAGGACCCCCACCACAGUUCAUUGAAUUAAGACACAACUCACAGAGGCUACCCCUACGACCUCAGUUUAUGCCCCGUGGACCCCAGCCCAGACCACGUCUCUUUGUCCCACAGCAAGAGAUGGCAGCAUCUUAUGUUCAGCAACAUCCCAUAGCUCAAGCUGGUGGCAUUCAGACAGAGGGGGGCAGCAACUCACAGCUGGGGUUACAGCAGGGCGGACUGUCAGUUUUGCUGCCUCAGCAGUCUACAGGCCCUGCAACACAACAGCCCCACAUGCAGCCCCAGGCAGCUACUUCAACUCCAAACAUUCCUAGCACUGAGCAGCAUCAGCUACGACAACCAAGCCUAGUCACACAGCCCCAGCCUGCCACAGCAGAAAACAGUGAGGAGUUGCCAGAGCCUGACCUUGAAGGGCUUGGGGAUGCCCCAGGGGAUGGAGGUGUGGAGGAUGAGGAUGAUUUGGCUCUAGACUUGGACCCUGACAAAGGAGAUGAUGACUUGGGCAACCUGGACAACCUUGAAACCAAUGAUCCACAUCUAGACGACUUGCUCAACAGUGACGAGUUUGACCUGCUUGCUUACACUGAUCCUGAACUGGACCAAGGAGACCCUAAAGAUGUCUUCUCAGACCAGCUGCGGUUGGUGGAAGCAGAAAGUGAAGCUCCGUCAUCUUCUUCUGGAUCCGUUAAAGUGGAAGGAAAAGCCAAGGUGGAGCCAGGGAAGAAGCCGGUCACAGCAGCCCCUGACUCUAAAAAGGGGUCUGAUACUCAACUGCCACCCUCUGCAGUAACUGCUGAUAACUCCAAAGUCAAAGUAGAGGACAGAGGGCUGACGCCUCAGCUCCACCCAGGACAGACUGUGGUGAAAGAUGAAAUAAGAGAGGCUGUGUCAAUGCUUCUUGGUGGGACCGAACCAUCAGCCAAGCCUGCACAAUCAGAAAACCAGUCAGCUUCACUCAGUUCUGUUCGAUUAGGGGGACUUCCGUAUCCUCUGCCAGGCCAAGCUGAUGCAUUGCCUUUUCCUCCAGCUGCUCCACAUGCAGAUCUUGGCGAUGAUCCGCUGGGGCUGCCUGACGUAGGGGAACAGCAUUCCCCUGCUGUAGAUUUGGCAAAGGUAGAGAGCUCUUUAGAUGGUGAACUGCCCCUUCUAAUACAGGAUCUGCUGGAGCAUGAGAAGAAGGAGCUGCAGAAACAGCAACAGCAGCAACAGCUUAGUUCACUCCACCAGGGAGGCAUGGCACCUCAUUUUCCUGGCCUCUCAAGUCAACAGCCGAACCCACAGGCACCUGGACAGAUAAUGCUGCAACACCACCAUCGUCCACCACCUCCCCAAGGAAUGAUGGCUCAGCCAGGAAUGGUACCUCGUGCUCCGCACAUGUUGCAACAACAACAGCAGCAACAAAGGCUUAUGGGACCUGGAAUGGCACCUCCACCUCACAUGAACAUGGCUCAGCAACAAGCCAUGGUCAGGAUGGGGCAGCCAGGGAUCCAUACGGGUAUUGGUCAUCAACCGCAGCAGCAGCCAGUAGUUAAACCUCCUCUGGCCAACAACUUCUUCCCAGAUAAAGAUUUAGACAAAUUUGCUACUGAUGACAUCAUGGAUCCCAUCGCCAAGGCAAAGAUGGUGGCACUAAAGGGUAUCAAGAGAGUGCUGGCACAGGACCCAAUGGUUGUACCCUCUGGCAUCAACAGGCAACAAGUUUCUCUGCUUGCUCAGAGGCUGGCCUCCGCCCCGGGCACAGACCCAGGUCAACUUCCGUCUGGACCCCCAAAGGAGGGAGAACCAAGUGAUCCUACCCAGUCAAGACCUAACCCUCCUCAGUUUGUGCAAGGAAUAAUCAAUGAUGCAGAACAGCAUCAAUAUGAAGAAUGGCUUCUUCACACUCAGCAGUUACUACAAAUGCAGUUGAAAUUUUUGGAGGAACAGAUUGGAGUUCACCGCAAGUCACGCAAGGCACUGUGUGCUAAACAGCGCACUGCAAAGAAAGCUGGCAGGGAGUUUGCUGAGGCAGAUGCAGAGAAACUGAAGUUGGUUACAGAAGAGCAGAGCAAAAUUCAAAAACAACUUGACCAGGUACGCAAGCAGCAGAAGGAGCACACCAAUCUCAUUGCAGAGUAUAGAAGCAAGCAGCAGCAGCAUCAGCAGAGCUCAGGUAUUCUUACCCCUGGUCAUUCUGCACAGGGAGGGCCCCCUCACAUGUUUCCCAAAAUGCCGGGCCAGAUGAUGAUGGGCCAACAGGGAGCACCAGUUAUGGGCCAGCACCCUGCUGUGAUGCCCCAAGGUGGAAUGCCCGUCAGGAUGCCCCAAGGGCAGCCCUUUAUUGGUGGAGCCCAACCCCAGCUUCCUGCAGCUCUCGGACCUGGUGGUCCCCGAGCCCCAGGUCCUCCUGGGGCUCCAGCAGGAUUUUUCCCACAGGGGCCUGGAGUGCAAGGUGCAGACCCCAGGCUUCUCCAAGAAAGACAACUUCAACAUAGGAUGCAAAUGGCAAAGCUCCAGCAACAACAGCAGCAGCAGGUAAUGAUGGGCCAGCAACCCAUGCCACACCCAAAUCAACAAUCAGGCUUAAUUGCUCAGCCACCGUCAGGUAUGAUGGGGAACCCACUAAUGGCCCAGCAACAAACAAACACUCAACAAGGAAUGCUAGCCACCCAGGCCAGUCAGCAGACCAUGGUGCAGAUUCCACAAGGAAUGGUUGGAGGUCAGUCUGUAGCUCCAAUGCCACAGAACCUUGCAGGAGGCCAACCUAUUAACCACGCUCAAGCAAUGAUGGCAGUUCAACCAGGAAUGAUGGGGAACCCGCAAGUUCCACCAUCCCAGCAACAGAGGCCUCAGCUGAUGAUGGGUCAGCAGGGAAUGGUUGGAUCUCCUGGUCAUCCUGGCCUCAGAGGUCCUCAGGCCCAGUUGACUCCACAACAACAGAACAUUCUGGCCCAACGCAUGCUUGCAUCUCAACAACAGCAGCAGCAGCAGCAGCAGCAGCAAAAUGUUGCAAAGAAUUUGGCCCACCUUCAGCAGCAGCAGCAGAUGGCACAGCAAAGACAACAAACACAGUUGAUCAGUCAAUCCAGCCAAGAGCAAGGAGUACUCUCCCAACCCUCGACCCCUCAGAUGGGCUCCUCGCCUUCAGCAGGAAGUAACACGCCGCAGCCACAGGGAGCUACAGACAACCAAAACUCAGGUCCCAAAGAGGGUGGGAUCCUCAGCCCUGAUUCACGAACACCACCACAGCAGAGUGGACCCUCCACUCCCAAUCAGAUGUCCCAACUAGGCUCUGCAACUGAUCAUCAAACAGACUUGGGACGACAGCAGUUACAGCAGCAGCAGCAGCAGCAUCAAAACUCAGUGUAUUUGGCCCAGCAGCAGCAAGCAAAUCCUCAGUCUGUACCUGAGCAACAAACAGGUUUGGUUGGAACCCAACAGGUUGGUGUGCUUCAGCAACAUCCGCAACAACAUCCCCUCACUCACCAGAGGCAAGGUUCCCUCAGUGCUGACAAGCCCAUUUUGAAUACUGUUAAACAGGAAGGAAAACAAAUUGAUUUCUUAGCUCAGCAGCAACAACAGCAACCGGUACAAAAUGCCAUGCAGCAGGCACAAGAUCCCAACAUGCAGCAGCAGAUAGGCCAGAACCAUCCUGGGCAGCCACAGCCUGUUAUGAUGAGCCAUAGUCAACAACAACAACAACAAGCCCUCAUGGCCCAGCAGCAAAAACAACAGGCCAUGAUGGGCAUGAUGAGAGCCCAGCAGCAAGGGAUGAUGGCACAGAGGCCUGUGGGUCCACCUGGACAGAUCCGCACCCCUAUUAACAUCCAGGCUAUUAUUGCCCAAAACCCUCAGCUCCGCAAUCUUCCACCGAACCAGCAGAUACAGCACAUCCAGGCCAUGAUUGCUCAGAGGCAGCUCCAACAGGGACAGAUGCUGCGGAUGUCAAUGGGGCAAGGCCAGCAAGGUCAGUUGAGGCCUCACAUGCCACCAGGACAGAUGCCACAGAUGCCAUAUGGAGCCAUGGGGAAGCCAGGAGCAGUGGGCACUCAGCAGCAGGCAGGCAUGUUGGGCCAGCAACCUGGCAUUGCUCCCCAAAUGCAGCAGGGGAUGAUGGUCCCUGGGCAGCAACAACCACAAGUAGGGGAGAUGAUGCAGCAACAUAUUAUGAGAGGCCAGGUACCAGUGCCACCUUCCCCUGUGGACCAGGGCCGCAUGGUACGGCCAACAUCUCCACGUCAGCCCAUAGCUAACUCUCCUGGGGAUCCACAACGGCAUGCAUUUAAUCAAGGGAUGGGCAUGCGUCCACCCACUCCCAACCAGAACCAACAAGCACUAAUGGCAGCUGCAGCAGGCCGCAUGCAGGGUUCUCCAUCCCAUGCAUAUUCUCCAAGAGGUCCCUUUGGCAUGAGCCCAGCCCACCCGGCCUCACCUCAUUCAUCCCAUGUCUCCUCACCUUCUAUAGCCGACAGUAGGGCUGGAAGGGGAAGUCCGUACAGCCAUGUCAAGGCAUCUCCACUCAGGUCACCUGGAGCCAAGAGUCCGCUUGAUUGUCCAGGACUGAAAGUAGAAGCUCAGACAUCAGGCAGUGAAACAUGUCAUUCAGCCUCAGUUAUCCCCAACGGUCCACAGAAAGGCACUAAUGUUCAGCAACAGUCGCAGCAGGUCACAGAGAGCCAUGGUCCUCACACACAACAGGGCUCUAGACCAGCGGAACUAUGCAAGAUGACCCUUCAGAACAUUAAACAGGAGCCAAGGGAGGUUCAGUGUGAUGGUGCACCAGAGGAUCAUCCUGGGGCUAUAAAGCGAGAAGCAACGGGCGAGGCAGUUACUUCUGGGAACAACACUAGCUUUAUUAAUGCUGGAAACAUGGCUGGCGACCCUGGGACUCAAGGUCCCCGAUCUGAGACAGGACAGCAACUACUACAGAAACUCCUGAGAACCAAGAACCUUCAACUUGGUGCUCAGAGGCCGUCUGAAGGCAUCCACAAUGAGAUCAAUGGCCACAUCAACAGCAAACUAGCAAUGUUGGAGCAAAAACUUCAAGGGACUCCACGAAAUAUGGAGGAUUUACAGUCUAUAACAAAAAGGGCUCCUCCACAAAAGCCAAAGCGCACUAACAAGGCAGCUGGAGACCGAGGGCCUAACGCACGGAAGAAGAAUAAGAAGGAAGAAGUCGGGAAAAGUGCCGAAGCUCUGAUAAAACAACUCAAACAGGGUCUCUCUCUGCUGCCCCUGAUGGAGCCUUCAAUCACGGCCAGUCUGGAUCUGUUUGCCCCUUUUGGAAGCAGCCCAGCUAAUGGCAAAGCCCAACUCAAAGGAUCCUUUGGAAAUGCAGUGCUGGACAACAUCCCAGACUACUAUUCUCAGUUACUCACAAAGAGUAACCUCAGCAACCCACCAACACCUCCAUCCUCCCUGCCACCUACUCCUCCACCUUCAGUCCAGCACAAGCUGCUGAAUGGAGUGACUCCUGGGGAGGAGAUGUCCGAGGGUCAGAAAGACACGGAGCCAGCAGUGGAGCCAAUGGAUUCUGUUAAAGAGGAUGUGAAGAGUGUAGACAUCCUUGCAGCUCUUCCCACCCCACCACAUAACCAGAAUGAGGACAUCAGGAUGGAGAGUGACGACGAGGAUGCCCCAGAAAGCAUCAUCCCAGCAUCAUCCCCAGAGAGUAACGUAGGAGAUGAAACGCCACGUUUCCCUCACCUACGGGAGCCUAAAGAGGAGGAGACAGAAAGAGCAAUAUCCCCCAUCAUCCCCCUCAUACCUCGCACUGCCAUCCCAGCGUUCCCAGAAAACAAACCAUUUGAAGCAUCUGAUGGCAAGGUAGUUUCCACAUCCAACCACUGGGACAAGGCCAAAAACAACGAAGUGUCUGUUACCUUCACAUUGUCCUCUGCUGCAGCAAAGAAACUGAACGACGUCAUGGUGCACAUGGCCCAGCUGCUUAACAUUAAGAUGCCAGGUUCUUAUGAGGUGACUUUCCCUCCCCAAAACCCUGACAUGUCUGGAGUGGAUGGGCCUGGGAAGGGAUCCAACCAGUCAGGGGCUCUGUGUGCAAAGGACGGUGCUUCACCCAGUCAGGAUGAGUGGCUAAGGCAAUUUGACGUGUCUCUACCAGGGUGUACACUAAAGAAACAAGUGGACAUUCUGGCACUUAUAAAACAGGAAUUCCCAGAUAAAGAAGACAAACCGGCCCAGCACUGUUACACAACAAAAGUAAAUGACUUGGAUGUGCGGCACCUUCCCAGUAUACCAGUGGAAGAAUCUCCACCCCCAUCACCGUCUCCUCCACAUCCUCCCCCACCUGUCCCUGAACCAGCAAGUGAAGCUGAACCUUCCAAAAAAUCAGCUUCGCCAUCUCCACCUCCCUCCAGUCCCACCAAAGUCCAGGUCACGACUGAGCCUGAACACGAUGAUGUUCCUCCUGUUGAUGCUGCUCAACCAACUGAUGUCACAGAGCCUGAAGUUGCUGCUCCAGAGUCAGUUACUGAUCCAGCAACAGUCUCUGCAGUCCCAGAUGCUACUGCUCCUGCUGACCCUGCUGCUCCUGCUGACCCUGCUGCUCCUGCUGCCCCUGCUGACCCUGCUGACCCUGCUGCUCCUGCUGACCCUGCUGCUCCUACUGCCCCUGCUGCUCCUGCUGCUCCUACUGCCCUUGCUGCUCGUACUGAAGAUAAUCUAAGUACUGUUAUCAAGGAAGAGGACUUGGCCACUGAUGAGGCUCAACCUCCUAAAAAUUCUCCCAGUAAUAUGGACUCUUCCCCCAAGGCCAUCAAGCAGCGCAGGCCUCUCUCCCCUGAUGAGGAGGUGGUACAUCCCAAGGUGAAAAAAUGGAAGGGGAUUCGCUGGAAGCGUCUUCAGAUUGUCAUCACAAUACGCAAGGGUGGGUCCAAGAAGGAGAGCAGCCGUGAAGUGUCUGAGCUAAUGGAACGCCUGCGCAUUACUCUCCGACCAGACAAGCUGCCUCGGGAUAAACGCAAAUGCUGCUUCUGCCAUGAGGAAGGUGAUGGAGCCACAGAUGGGCCUGCCCGGUUGCUUAACAUUGAUGUGGACUUGUGGGUGCACCUCAACUGUGCCCUGUGGUCCACAGAGGUGUAUGAGACGCAGGGGGGUGCCCUCAUCAAUGUGGAGGUAGCUCUGCGUCGUGGAUUGCGGACUCUUUGCGCAUACUGCCAGAAAACAGGUGCCACAAACAGCUGCAACAGAAUUCGCUGCCCGAAUGUUUACCACUUCGCCUGUGCCAUCCGGGCACGCUGCAUGUUCUUCAAGGACAAGACCAUGUUGUGCACCCAGCACAAGCUGAAGGGCCCCAGUGAAGACGAACUCAGCAUGUUUGCUGUUUUGCGGCGGGUCUACAUCGAGCGCGAUGAGGUGAAGCAGAUCGCCAGCAUCUUACAGCGAGGCGACCGUAUCCACCUGUUCCGUGUUGGUGGUCUCAUCUUUCAUGCCGUUGGUCAGUUGCUACCAUCCCAAAUGGCCAACUUCCACUCACCCACCGCCAUCUUCCCUGUUGGCUAUGAGGCCACACGCAUCUACUGGAGCACCCGUGUGCCCAACAAGCGCUGUCGCUACCGCUGCCGCAUCAAUGAGGAUGAAGGUCGUCCCCUGUUCGAGGUGCGUGUCCUGGAGCAUGGCAUGGAGGAUUUGCAGUACCGUGACACUACUCCAGAAGGGAUCUGGGAGCGAGUGGUUCAGCAGGUUGCUAAACUACGAGAUGAAUCAUCCAUGUUGAAGCUUUUCACCGAACAUGUCAAGGGAGAGGAGAUGUACGGCCUCACAAUUCAUGCUGUCAUGCGGAUCACGGAGUCGUUGCCUGGAGUGGAGAACUGUCAGAACUACCAGUUCCGAUACGGCCGUCACCCACUGAUGGAGCUCCCCCUCAUGAUCAACCCCACUGGCUGUGCUCGCUCUGAGCCCAAAGUCCCCACACAGUGCAAGAGGCCUCACACUCUAAAUAGCACCAGCGUGUCAAAGGCCUACCAGAGCACCUUCACUGGAGAGCUCAACACACCAUACAGCAAGCAGUUCGUCCACUCCAAGUCGUCCCAGUAUCGGCGCCUGAAGACCGAGUGGAAGAACAACGUGUAUCUGGCACGAUCCCGCAUUCAGGGCCUGGGUCUGUACGCUGCUAAGGAUCUGGAGAAGCACACCAUGGUCAUCGAGUACAUUGGCACUGUCAUACGCAAUGAAGUGGCGAAUCGCCGUGAGAAGAUCUACGAGUUGCAGAACCGUGGGAUCUACAUGUUCCGCAUAAACAACGAGCAGGUGAUUGAUGCCACUCUGACAGGAGGCCCAGCUCGAUACGUCAACCAUUCCUGUGCCCCAAACUGUGUUGCAGAAGUUGUAACAUUUGACAAAGAAGACAAGAUUAUCAUCAUUUCCAGCCGCAGGAUUCCCAAGGGAGAAGAGCUGACCUAUGACUACCAGUUUGAUUUCGAGGACGAUCAGCACAAGAUCCCUUGCCACUGCGGAGCCUGGAAUUGCCGAAAGUGGAUGAACUAACCAGAAAAAGACAAAUUGAGAAUUCCCCUCUCACUGGUGCCAGAACACUCCUGCGCCAAAGCCUUUGAAUCCUACAUAGCCAGUGCAUAAGCUGUUCUGAAAGAUGUGGAGGAAGGCUGGCCUCCAUCAUUGAAAGACUAAAGCGUUGACACCUGUAGCCAAAGGUUUGAAGAGCAUUAAUCAAUAAAAGCAACCGACCACCUCCAUCGGCAGCAGCUCGAUGGCGGGACUAACUUUUCAUGUUCGGACUAGUCAAUCACCUUUUUCCUCAGCCAAAACCCCUUCCCCCCCCUCGACUGUUCUCAAUAACCUUACAGUGGCUGGAAAACAAUCCUCAACAUCUACCAAAUGAUUCUGACCCUCUGAUCUCAAUACCCGUAGUGCAGAGCUCACCUGGAGCUCCGACAAAAAGCCAUUUUUAAAAUACUAAGAAUGAACUAAUGAUGCAUUUUUAUGUUUUAAGUCGGACCUAUUUCCCGUCCCACCUGACCACACCUCCCCCUCACCUCCCAGAAAAGGCACUUUCCCCAUCAAGUCAUCAAUGAAGACAACACGGAUAUUGGCUAGCUAGACAAUCCUGAUGUGGCUCUGUGUAAGAACUACAUAUGAUCGAUGGAGAAAAAAUACAAAAAAACAAAAAAACAAAAAACAGAUGUAAGUUAAUAUAAAAUCUGAGAUGCUAUUGAUCUGUGGCUCCAGAGGCACCAGAUGUUCUGACUGUGUGGAGUCCCAAGGUGGGUUAGUUGGACCCAGUCUACCUCAUUGAUUUAGCGGGAAGCGACUGCUUUGUAUAAAAACUGUUAACUGCUACUGUGGAACGGGGGAGGGGAGGGAAAGGGGGGAAUGUUUUUAUGGGCUUAGCCUUCUCGGACAAGCAGGGAAUCUUAAGCAGCAGGUUUGCUCUAUCUACUCUAUGCUGAUGAUGAUUUACAAUAAUGAGCCAACAUAAUUAUUAUUCAUGAAUUGUUUAUACAGAGGAAAUAUAUGACAGUUUUGAUAAGAUAUUGCAUUAAGAAUCACAAUCAGAAGCUUAGCGGGUGUCCUGUAUGCCACCAAAUCCUCCUGGAUAUUGAUGUAGCUUUUUCUUUUUUCGUUUUAUUUAUGCAUCUCAAGAAACCGUGUUAUCAGCUGUGUGAAAGCACAAUAACAUCCACCUUUUUAAGUUGCUUCAAGACAGUAAUGGUGUGAGUGAAUGGCUCUAGGAUCACAGAAUUAACCAAGUACACAUUUUGCUUGUCGCUUCAUACAUUGGAAGUUCCACUUUGCUGCAGACCCAGCCGGGUGGAUGCAUGACUACUGUCCCAUUUAAUGCUUUUUAAUUCCCCCACAACUCGAUCUUCUCACGACUCAACCUUAAACUUUGAAUCAUGCCUCUUCCUCUCUGUAUUAUUUAGUGGACUGUUGUUAAACUUUACUGUAGUAAGUCUUCCUCUGCCUGAGUACAGCCUGCAGUAUUUCUACUCCCCCCCCCCACCCCCCCCCACCCUGUAGUGUGCUUUUCUAGUGCUGGUACUGUCCUCUCGAGGCUGAACGGAUGGCAGGGAAAGACUUAUUGGAAAAAAGGGCAUUUUGUUUUCAUUUCUAUGUAAGAUGAAUGAAAAAAAAGUCUUUAAAGGGAGCUUUACUAAAAACUCCACCUUCCCAUACUACUUUGUUUCCUCCUUCCCCCUAACCUAAGACCUCACAUGAUUUUAAAAAUGCAAAGUUGUACAAACUGUAUAUAUAGUAUAUGCAUUAGGGGGACAGCAACUCUUUAUCCAGCCCCUUUGUAAUCAAUAAAGUCAAAAAGUGUAGAGAAAUAAAAAUUGAAGAAAAAAAAAACCAACCACUGGAUAUCAUUUUAACAAAGAUAAAGCUGUAUAUAAAUAUAAAUAUAUGUAAAAUGGCAAACUAAUAUCUUUAUGUAUAUGAACCAGAGUGUUUUGCAUUUACCUGUUUUUUCUAUUAGUGUUUUUUGCUAUAAGCUCUCAGAGACAAGUUUGUUAAAAAUAGGUUUGAGAAAAAAUGUCCGGUCGUCUCCAAUCACCUGCGACGAGAGGCCGGUGUGAUCACGAAGCCUGUUUGGAUUCACGUGGAGGGUCGCCGAUUAGACAUGAGAAUCACUUUCUUGCGUAAAGCAGUACAAUGGUGCAUAGCAUUUGUAUUUAUGUAAUAUUGUUCGUGUUUAUUUUUCUUUUUAUUUAUGCUACUGCUUGUUGAUUACCAAAACCUGUCCCUUAAUCGGUCACAAUUGGAUUAAUAUACUCUUGAAUGGAAAAUCUUGAACUCCCUAGACUAUUGUUAGUGUUUUGCUUUUUUAUAUCUUCCCUAUAGAAGUGAAUGUGUUGGUAAACCUUGUGAAAUGGUUACUUGGCCUAAUGUAUGUUAUGAUGUAAUACUCAAAGUUAAUCCCAUACUUAACCUGGUAAUGAAUUGCACUCUCAUAGUAUAACGGAGAACUUCUCUAAAGUGGUAGAUAUUGAUCAAGUAUCCGAAGCAGUGAUAUAUAUAUUUUUUGGUAUGUUUCUAUUUCAAGGGAAGAUCAUGACGAGACAUUAUGCCGCUCACUGGAUUUUAGCCUGAAUAAUUUUUAACUUCUCUGAAUCUUAAUUUAAGUUCUCUGCAUAUCUUAUAAUUUAAUAAAAGUUUGCUCAAAUUGAAGGUUUUUUUUAACCUCACCUACUUUUUAAAAAGAUGUUGCAUCUGUACAGCAGAGAUACUUUUAGGGAAUAUGAAUAAAUAUAAUGAUCAUUUUUAUUGUAUGUGGCAUGUUUUGUAUGGAUAUUAUUUUGAAUUGUACAUAUUUUUUUCAGGACGCCAGAGGUUGCAUCUCUUUAUAUACAGCUUUCCCACUCCCUUUCCCCCUCAUCUUAUUUCUUUGUCUGCUUUUGUUUCUUGUAAAGGAAAAUAAAAUGCAUUUUAAAUA